AUGCCCGAGACAUAUACUACCGCUGAAGUGCAAAAGCACAAGGAUGAGGCCAACGGCUUCUGGCUCAUUGUCGAGAAUGACGUUUACGACGUAACAAGUGCGAUGCAGCGUCCACCUGACCUCGAAUCUCACAGCAUGCUGAUACAUACCGCAGAGUUCAUCGAUGAGCACCCUGGAGGUGCCAAGAUCCUAAAGCGCUGGUCCGGAAAGAACGCCACCAAGGCUUUCUGGAAGUACCACAGUGAAGACGUGCUGAAGAAGUACGGCAAGGAUCUCAAGAUUGGCGCUGUUGGCGAGAGCGCUAAGCUAUAG